UUUCUGUUACUCAUCGCCAUCUUGUUGCAAACCCUUUUCUUGUCUGCGAGACUCGCCGGGGAUCGGGCUGGGGGGGUGCUUUGCAGGGGCAUUUUUGCACGGGGGGACAGACCAGGCGAAGGAACCCCCUCUAUCCGAGCCUCCGGGAUUGUGGCCCCUCCACCGCAAGGCAGCCCGAGAGAUGAGCAUUGAGACGCUGUUGGAAGCAGCCAGGUUUCUGGAAUGGCAAGCCCAGCAACAACAGAAGACACGUGAAGAAAACGAAAAGCAUGAAAAGCUCCGUCUAGAAAGAGAGGAGGAGCAGAAGGCCAGCAUCCCAAGGGUUAACCAUGCCAUUCACGCCGAGGAGCUGCGCAACGAAAUCCCAGCAGUGCCCAUUUCUCCCCCUGCACCAGCGCCACCUCCUCCCCCACCUCCGCCGCUAGCUGCUCCUAUAUCUGUCAUUCCCAUCCCUGUCGUCACAAGCCCCCCACAGCAAGCAGCCCAGACCACCCUGUCCCCUCCGCUCAUACGCCACCAGCCCCUUGUAAGCACUCCCAGUGUCAGCAAGGAAGCGUCUUCAGUUGCACCUGUUAUACAGAGACCGUCUGGCCCGUUGCUUCCUGACGUCAAAGCUGCUACACCCCCUUCCGGGAGCCCCAAGCAGUUACCACAGUAUGCAACGCCAGUACUGGCCAUCUCUCAACACCACAUGGUGCAGCAGCCCAUCCAGCCCCAGACUCAGCCGCAUCAACCUCUGCAGCAGCAUCAGGCACCAACCUCACAGCUCAACACUCUUAAGCUGGCUCCAGCAGAAGAGGCCAAACCAAAUGAGCAGAAGAAGCGACCUGGAGGGGUUGGGACCAGGGAAGUGCAUAAUAAAUUGGAGAAGAACAGACGUGCACAUUUGAAAGAAUGCUUUGAGACAUUAAAACGCAACAUCCCCAACGUAGACGACAAGAAGACCUCAAACCUCAGCGUUCUAAGGAGUGCCUUGCGAUACAUCCAGACUUUAAAGAGAAAGGAGAAGGAAUAUGAACAUGAGAUGGAGCGGCUGGCAAGAGAAAAGAUUGCUACCCAGCAGCGACUGGCAGAACUGAAGAACGAGUUGAGCCAAUGGAUGGACAUCUUGGAAAUUGAUAGAAUUAUUCGGCAAACAGUUCAGCCAGAGGAUGACCAGGCAUCUACCUCGACUGCAUCAGAAGGUGAAGACAACAUUGAUGAAGACAUGGAAGAUGACAGGCCAGUGAACUCAUUACCAAAACUAACCCAGCGCCAGCACCCUGAGCUCCUGAAAGCCGUCCCUUCAAAUGCUGCUUCACAUCACCCAGCGGUUUUGCCUCAGCACCUGUCUAUACAGCAGAAACAAACCCCACCCCAUGCGCAACCUCCCAUCCAGACCCAGGCACUGGUCCAGCCGCAGGCGAUUGUCCCUGCACAGACUCACAUCGUGGCAGCCUCAACAGUGCAAUCGACUGUUAUCGCCCACACGGCCACCACCCACGCUUCAGUCAUACAGACUGUCAACCAUGUGAUUCAGGGUCCACAGACCAAGCACAUUGCUCACAUUGCACCUUCCACGUCCAGCCCUGUACAACUUACCACUGCUGCUCAGCCUAUCGGCCACAUCACUGUGCACCCGGCUACCAUAAAUCACAUGACCCACCUUGGCCAGCAGUUACCCAUAUAUCCUCAACCUGUGGCUGUCAGCCAACCGGUUGUGAGUCAUAUUGCUCACACUAUUUCUCACCAGCAAGUAAAUGGAACCACAAACCUAGGCCAGCCAGCGGUGAUGACCAAGCCUGCUGUAGGAACCCAAGUAGUCCACCAUCAACAGUUAGUUGGGCAAACAGUCCUAAACCCGGUAACUAUGGUCACCAUGCCGUCAUUCCCAGUGAGCACACUGAAGCUGGCCUAGAGCAGGAAGCCCUUUGGUAAAAGUCUUUGGCGGGCAGCCUGUCCCGAAACUCCAUACAUUCCAACCACGUCUGAUUCCAAGGAAGAGAAGUGCAGAAACUCUGUGAAAACAGGAAGAGAAACACAUAUGAGGUUGGGAGUGUCACGUCCAUCUUUAACCCUUCAGUAUCCAGCCUGGCAGUGGUAAUGAAAAACAGGGCUUCUCUGCACUUGAAUUUUGCUAAUCAGAGAAAACUUUAAUGACAGUUGUUCAUGGUGAUUUUUUUUCCUUUUAUGUGUAAUCAGUGAAAUAUGAAUAUGAUGUUCUUAAGACUUUAAUUUUCCCCUUACAUGUGUUGCUUCUUUGUAGAAUAAAAAAAAAAAUGCUGAUCUCAUUACUAAGACACUGCGUAGAAUGA